ACAAUGGGAGUUAUUGUCCACAACGCGGACCGGUGGACUGUUUAGCUCCCGCCUAUCCUUUCUUUGUAUUUUUAACGUCAACCGCCUGUAUUCAAUAGAGAGAGAGAGACGCUAUGCCACUCCUCAAUCCUGAAUAUGCAUAGCCGUCUCGAGACAAAUUCCGAUAUAGUGUUGCUUUUUUUCAAAGUUGCCGUGAUGUCACGUGUCCUACUUAAAUCAGUAACUCGUAACAAUUUAACCAUUGCAAAAUGUAUAUUCGAGCAAAUAAAUCUCACGCAGCAAAUAAGCCAUUACUUUCUUUGUUGACCAUAUUCGACACUCGCAUUGACCUCCAUAAAAAAAACUCACGUAACCUGCUGGAGACGGAUUUUCAUCCGAGUUGAGCAUCUCUCUUCCUUUCCCUCUGUAGAAACUUUUCCUCUCUUUUGAAGCACAAAACGAAAGUAAAGCGCGAUGACUGGACACUGACAGCAGUGCAGUCGCUAAGUGUUCAAACACUUGUGGGAACCAUCUACACCAAGGACUCUAACAAUAAAUGAUACAUAACUAUAAAACGUUCGAGAGCAUCCACACAUUCACCGAUCAAUCCACUGGUCAACGCAUCCUACUGCACGCUAAAAGGCCUAUUAAUAAAUCGAUUCAACAACAUUUUAAGCAAUGGAUUCCACAAACUAUAUCUCCAUGCUGAUGGAGUAUGCUCAGAGACAACGUCAGAUCUCUGACAUCAAGUUUGAGGAGGUUGGUACAGAAGGACCGGAUCACCUGAAAACCUUCACUCUGAGGGUGGUGAUUAAAGGCCAUGCCUAUCCUAACGGGGUUGGAAAGAACAAGAAAGAGGCCAAACAGAAUGCUGCUAAACAUGCUCUGGCUGGCAUGACAGAGAUGACAGAGCAGAAGGAUAAACAUGCUCUGGCUGGCGUGACGGAGACGACAGAGCAGAAGGAUGCAUUGGUUUCAUGUCCUCCGUCACCGGCUCUGUCUCCAGCCCCUCCUGUCCGAGCAGUUAUCUCCCAGCCCAACUACGUGUGCUGGCUGAAUGAACACAGCCAGAAGAACAAGCUGUCUCUAAAGGCUUUGGAGGAGACGCGUGUUGGACCCAACAACACCUCACAAUGCUGUAGGUAUGUGGUAGGUGAGAAAGAAUACCCAGAGGGCUUUGGGAACACGAAGAAGGAGGCUAAGGAGGAAGCAGCAAUGCAGGUCUAUCUGGAGUUAUGUGGCAGUAGUCAGACUACAGGGACUGUAGAUGAAAACUGCAAUGGCACCACUGGAAAACACAAGGAGGAAUUGAAUCCAAAGGUUGUGGUCUUCAGUGAGAAGGUUGAACACACGAACAUGAACCCAGAACAGAAUGUUCCAGAACGAUACAGCUUCAUUACAACGGAGGAGACCAACUUCAUAGGUAUACUCAACCACUACUGUCAGAAAACCAAACGGUUUCCUGACUUUAAACUGGUGGAGAAGAGCGGACCGUCACACGACCCUCAAUUUGUUUAUAAAGUAUUGAUUGACCAGAGAGAAUACCCAAAUGGUUUGGGUAAGACAGCCAAACAGGCCAAACAACAAGCUGCUCAGUUAGCAUGGUCUGCUCUUCAAGAACAGUCUGACUGGAACAGCCAGGUGUCUUGCAGAUCAACAGUUUCAGAAGAUGGAGGACUAUCCUCUCAAACCCCCUCCAGUACAUGGGAAUCCCAGGAUGCAACACCAUCAUCCAUGAGUAGGAGUGAGUCCAUCAUAUUCGCUGACUCCGUUAACGUCAGCUCCCCCAAGCAGGUUGAAAGCCCUGUAAAUGUGAAGCCUAAAAUAAGACUAGCAGCUAACUUCCUGAUGUCACCGUUCAAGACCAAACAGGAAGGUCCCGAUUUAAAAGGCAACAAUUUAGGAACCUUGUCAAGUGGAAGGACAUCCAACCAACCAAUUAAAUCUAGGUUUUUAUCAGAGUUUGAUUCAAUAGAGAAGAUUGGCAAAGGAGGCUUUGGCAGCGUUUAUAAGGCGCGACGGGAACUGGAGCAGAAGUAUUUUGCGGUGAAGAUAGUACUGAGUAAAGGGAAAGCUAAGCGGGAGGUUGGUGCCUUAGCAGAUCUUCAGCACCCCAACAUAGUACGCUACUACACCGCCUGGCUGGAGGACACCGCGUACCGAUGUGACAGCACCUCUGAGAGUGACACCACUUCAGAUUCAGGCAGCAGUUCGUCCUCUGAGUUCCUGUACAUCCAGAUGGAACUAUGUGACAAGAGGACUCUAAAAGUGUGGAUCGACGAGAGGAACGCUCAUCGGAAACCCAAACGCAGGGAGGAGAGUCUACACAUCACCCAGCAGAUAGUAAACGGAGUAGAAUACAUCCACUCCAAGAAACUCCUACACAGAGACCUAAAGCCUGCUAACAUCAUGUUUGGUAUGAGUGACGGAGAGGGGAAGGGAGAGGUAAAGAUCGGAGACUUUGGUCUGGUGACGGCAGAAGAUAACGACAACGAUGAGAACCUGCUGGAGAGAACGAAAAAGACAGGAACCAAGUCUUACAUGGCCCCUGAACAGAAGAACCAGACCUCCUACGACAGAAAGGUGGACAUCUUUGCUUUGGGUCUGAUCUACUUCGAACUGCUCUGGAACCUGUCUGGGAUGGAGAAAGCAGAGGUCUGGAAUGAUGUCAGAAGCCAGAGGUUUCCUCCCCAGUUCAACAUGCAGUUCCCCUUAGAGAACAAGGUGAUAGAGUCGAUGCUGUGUGCCAACCCAGAGGAUAGACCAGAUGCCAGGCAGCUGAAGACAAAACUGAAUGAGUGUUCUUGUGUUCUGACCAGAGAUCACAACCUCCAUCAAGACAACAGAACAGUCUAAAGACAGUCAGUGGAAUUCAUAAAGGCUCUCGGAAUAGUAUUCAUUGUGAUAUAAAAUGCACAACUGAUUCUAGAUCAGUUCUCUACUCUGAGAGCUAUGAAUGCAGGCCCUGAACAUCCAACAAAACAACAAAAUGAUCUGAUCCUAGAUCAAAACAAAUCAAAUCAAACUUUAUUUGUCACAUGCGUCGAAUACAGGUGUAGACCUUACCGUGAAAUGAUGUAUACAACAGGUGUAGACCUUACCGUGAAAUGAUGAAUACAAUAGGUGUAGAUCUCACAGUGAAAUGCUGAAUACAACAGGUGUAGAUCUCACAGUGAAAUGCUGAAUACAACAGGUGUAGUAGACCUUACAGUGAAAUGAUGUAUACAACAGGUGUAGUAGACCUCACAGUGAAAUACUGAAUACAACAGGUGUGUAGAUCUCACAGUGAAAUGCUGUAUACAACAGGUGUAGAUCUCACAGUGAAAUGCUGUAUACAACAGGUGUAGAUCUCACAGUGAAAUGCUGAAUACAAUAGGUGUAGUAGACCUCACAGUGAAAUGAUGUAUACAACAGGUGUAGUAGACCUCACAGUGAAAUACUGAAUACAACAGGUGUGUAGAUCUCACAGUGAAAUGCUGUAUACAACAGGUGUAGAUCUCACAGUGAAAUACUGAAUACAACAGGUGUAGUAGACCUCACAGUGAAAUGCUGAAUACAACAGGUGAAAUGCUGACUUUACAAGCCCUCAACCAACAAUGCAGUUCAAGCAAGUUAAGAAAAUAUUUUCCAAAUAAACUAAAGUAAAUAAUAAGAAAAAGUAACACAAUAAAAUAACAAUAACGAGACAAUAUGCAGGGGUUACUGGUACCGAGUCAAUGUGCGGGGUUACAGGUUAGCCCGAGGUCAUUUGUACAUGUAGGUAGGGGUAAAGUGACUAUGCAUAGAUAAUAAACAGAGCUAUCUGAAUUUCAACUGUAUUA